GUGGUUACCAGGCAUCCCAGUGUGAGGGGCCAGUUGCUAAGCCACACAAAUUCAAGUUCUCUCUCAGUCUCUCUGGGGGGAAGUUUUGAAAAAUACACGGUGAAAUAAGACAAACAGAUGUAUUGUCUUGAAAGAGCGAGCAACUGGACCACUUUUGAUACGCCGAGAUUUUGAGAGCUCUCGCAGACACUGCUGUAGGAAAAGACACCGUUACACAACAUCGGGAAUCGGGAAAAGUAAAUAUUAAAGUUGAGUGAACGUGUCCUGCCCAAGCUCAUUUAGAGGAGGAUGAAGACCAUUUUGGAAGAAGAGAAACCCUCUUGUUGAGAAGGUGGCAAACAGGCCAACAAAAUAUUUUCAGGUACGAUUUCAAAAAUUCUUUGGUUUCUCUCCAGCAAAUUUUCCUUGAAGUGCCUUUUCCUACCAUGGGGGUUGGGGGUGGGGGUCUUACAAAUCUUUUACAAUAGAGAAUUUUACAAAUUAGAAAGAUUUUCAAGAUCGAGGUUAAAACAGUAGCAAGUCUUGAUGCGUCUCACUGAUAGUGAGUUUUUCACAGAGCAGUUAGUUCAGUGCUUUGUGAGCAUAAGUACGUUUAUAGGUAAUAAAGACGGUCUAUGAAUAUACUUGCAGCAGACUUUGCUAAAUGGUAACGUCAUAAGUAGAAAGUCAUUUAGAGCUUCCAAGAGGUACAGAGAGAGACUUCAAAGAUGGACAGAAAGGAAACAAAUUGGAAAAGAACACAAAAAUGGAAACACUGGAGUUGGGGAGGGCUCGGAUGACAGCAAUGAAAAAUAUCUGGUUAACGGUGAGCUGGUGGCACGGGGGAAGCAGAGAUGGGGGGACCCCCCCGUCCGCUCUGGGUUCUUCAGAACUAGGAAAGUCUUGAACUCUACGUGCUAUCAUCCUGGGGAGUGUCCUAGGAUUUGGGGAAGGUAAAAUUCAGCAUUAACGUAACAACCUGCAAAUACCGUAGAAUUCACCACUCCUCUCCCUCCCUGUUUCUUGUGAACCCUGAUGUCAGCGAACUACUUAUAAAUUCACUUUGCAUGCUCUAAAUACAUACACAUUUUUCUUUUUGUAGGAUGAUUUUAUUAUAUCGAGUGGUACAUUUCAUUUUAUUUGCCUCAGUUUCCAGUGAAUGUGUGACUAAGCUGUUCACAGAUACCGGCUUUCAAGGAGGAGACGUGACUACCAUUUUCACGCCAAGCGCCAAGCACUGUCAGCUUAUCUGCACCCACCAUCCGAGAUGUCUGCUUUUCACCUUCAUGGCUGAAUCGUCGUCGGAAGAUCCUACCAGAUGGUUUACUUGUAUCCUGAAAGACAGUGUAACAGAAACACUGCCAAGGGUGAAUAUGACAGGAGCAAUUUCUGGAUAUUCUUUCAAGCAAUGCCCACAUCAAAUAAGUGCUUGCCACAGGAAUUUGUACGUGGACCUGGACAUGAAGGGCAUGAACUAUAAUAGCUUGGUGACCAGGGAUGCCCAGGAAUGCCAAGAGAGAUGCACAAAUGAUGUGCACUGUCACUUUUUCACAUACGCAACGAAGCAGUUUCCAAGCACGGAGCAUCGAAACAUUUGUCUGCUGAAGUACACCCACAUGGGGACACCAACCAGAAUAAUGAAGCUCACUAAAGUGGUGUCUGGAUUUUCACUAAAAUCCUGUGCGCUUUCUAAGCUGGCUUGUAUCAGGGACAUUUUCCCUAGUACGGCAUUUGCAGACAGUAACAUCGACAGUGUCAUGGCUCCGGAUGUCUUUGUCUGUCGCCGCAUUUGUACUCACCACCCCAGUUGUUUGUUUUUUACCUUCCUUUCUCAAGAAUGGCCAAAAGAAUCUGAAAGAAAUCUUUGUCUCCUGAAAACAUCUGAAAGUGGAUUACCAAGUACACGCAUUAAGAAGGACAAAGCUCUUUCUGGUUUCAGUCUGCAAACCUGCAGGCACAGUGUCCCAGUGUUCUGUCAUUCCUCAUUUUACCACGACACUGAUUUCUUGGGAGAAGAACUGGACAUUGUUGACGUGAAAGGGCACGAAGCCUGCCAGAAAAUGUGUACCGACUCCAUCCGCUGCCAGUUUUUUACCUAUUCGCCAUCUCCAGAAUCUUGCAACGGAGGGAAGGGUAAAUGUUACUUAAAACUCUCUUCAAAUGGAUCUCCAACGAAAAUACUUCAUGGGAGAGGAGGCAUCUCUGGAUAUACAUUAAGGUUAUGUAAAAUGGAUAAUGAAUCUAGUCAAAAUCUUCAAAACGUUGCUCUGAAACGAAUCUCACCCCAUCCACCCUCAGUGUGUACGACCAAAAUCAAGCCCAGAAUUGUUGGAGGAGAGGCAUCUGUUCAUGGUGAGUGGCCAUGGCAGAUAACUCUGCACAUCACAUCACCUGCCCAGAGACACCUGUGUGGAGGCUCCAUCAUUGGAAACCAGUGGAUACUAACAGCUGCUCACUGUUUGAUUGGGUUAGAGUCACCUAAAAUCUUGCGUGUCUAUAGUGGCAUUUUAAAUCAAUCAGAAGUUAAAAAGGACACAGCUUUCUUUGGGGUUCAAGAAAUAAUAAUUCAUGAUCAAUAUGAAAUGGCAGAAAGUGGGUAUGAUAUUGCCUUGUUGAAACUGGAAACGGCAAUGAAUUACACAGAUGCUCAGAGACCCAUAUGUCUACCUUCCAAAGGAGAUCGAAGCAUAAUAUACGCUGAGUGCUGGGUGACUGGAUGGGGGUACAGAAAAUUAGGAGACAAAAUACAAAAUACUCUCCAGAAAGCUAACGUGCCCUUGGUGACAACUGAAGAGUGCCAGACAAGAUACAGAGGGCACAAAAUAACCAAUAAGAUGCUCUGUGCAGGCUACCGAGAAGGAGGGAAGGAUGCUUGUAAGGGAGACUCGGGGGGCCCCCUGUCCUGUAAACACAACGACGUCUGGCACUUGGUGGGCAUCACCAGCUGGGGAGAAGGCUGCGGUCAGAGGGAACGGCCCGGGGUUUACACCAAUGUGGUUGAGUACGUGGACUGGAUUUUGGAGAAAACUCAAGCGGUGUGAAAGAGUCCCCAGAUGUCAUGUGACCCCUGAAAGGCAAACCAGAGGCUUCCCGGGAGGAGGGUUUUGAUUUGACUGAAGAAGACAGACACCGAGCCGCCAUGUUCCUCCGUGGGAUCCAGGGUCAAGACAGUAAGGCGUUGAGGGGCCUUGGUAUUUGUGAGCCACACGUCAAAAGACACAAGCUGUCAUUUCCACAAUUCCCAUUGUAUGAUAAUCAUAGUUUGUUUUCAGCAUCCAGUCUCUUGCCUUUUGAUCACACCUCACUGAGCCAAAGAAAUCCGAGACGGUGGUAUUUUUUAAGAUUAAAGGAUUGCCAGAUAUACCAGGAAAGAAGCGAGUUUUGUCACCGGAGGCUCGGGUAGAACGGCCAAAGCAACCACCAUAAAGAAACUUGUUAGGUGAGAAAUGGGGGCUGGAGAAAAUGGGGACAAGGACCGUCACCGUCAACUUGCAAGAAUCCGUACUCUGCCUACGUGAGUAUCCUCCUUCUGUAAAGGAGGAACUUGAUGAGAUUCAAUGGCAUGUUUUCAGAAUGAUCAGGAAUCUUUGUCAUUUCAACUUUUAAUAUGUUUCUGAAUUAGUUUGGGUAGACAUAAGCCAUCAGCGAGCAUGAAUGUGGACUCCAGAAUUUCUAUAUGGGAAAGGAUUAAAGGUAUUAGUUUACCUGGAAGUGGUAGCUUAGGGGAAGGAUCUUUUUUUUUUAAUUUUUUUAAACAUUUAUUCAUUUUCGAGAGA